AUGGAAGUUACAAGUAAACAUUAUCUAAAAAGUGGUCUGUACAAUAGUGCUCGUAUACGAAUACACGAAUAUGAUUUCGUAAUGUCAGUUGCUCCUACAUUUGUCACAGAUAUGGAUGAUUAUAUCAUUCUGAGCAAUUUUGACAUAACUAAAUUCAUAGAAGAAAAAAUACCAGAAAAAAUACGUAACCGUGGGCGAAAGCGUAAGAUUAAAUCUACACUUAAUGAUCAGGUAUCUCCCCUAUUCCCGGAUUUGAAAGUAUCAAAUAAUAACGUCAACGUCAUCGGUAGUUCAGAUUUUACCAAAACCACAGUAAUCGCAUCAUCGACAAAUGGCGUUAGAUGUGUUCCGAGAUCUGUACGUGAAAAAUUGGAAAAACACUGGAUACAAACCGCACACAUACAAACUUUUUCAAGACCGCUGAUUACAAGUGAUAAACUACGAUCAAGAGUUACCGGAGGUCAGUUACUGGCUUAUCAUUACAAGGAGUGUGAUAUUGGUGGUAAUAUUUGUAUUUAUUACGGUUUUUUACCCACCAUGUUCCUUCGCCUACGAGCACGCAUAACGACAUCAAACAAGACAGAUUCAGUAGGAAAUAUGCAAAACACUGGUUGUAAUGUUAUAUCUGAAAAAACUACAGUUAAAGAUUUCGACACCGGUGGACAUUCAUUGUGUCGGUUGAACACUCAACGCGUAUGGCCAAGAUAUGUCUACUUACGUAUCAUCAAGGAAUGUGCGUGUACCUGUUCGCCCGAAUGUGUACGUGUAUCGGUUUUAACACGUUAUGACAUUGGAUCAUCAAAACUCGAAAAACUUAUAAAACCUAAGAAGACAUACUGUAUACGACAAAUACCUUGGGAAGACGUAUACCUCAUGAUGGGAUCAAAUAACGACAGCGUUGUUGAAAGUCUGGUGAAAGAACAUCGUUUAUGUAAGACGUGCGCCCAAUGCCGCAAAUGUUCAACUUCUCCAGUCUUCUGCCGCGAGCACAAAGUAUGCAGACAUAAGAAACCCAUUGUCACCGAAGGUUUGGUAAAUACUACGAAAAACAAUGUUCCAAAGAUAAAACAAUGUAAACGUGUAGUAUGA